UUUUACUUUUCAUCAUGCCGAGACGAGGUGCUGCUAAGUCUGACGAUGUUGAGGUAGAGAUAGAUGAUGAUAAUGUGAGUGAUAGUGAUGACGGUGCCACCCAGAAGAGAGCAAACAGGAAGCAGGCAGGUGGCAGAGGAGGUGCAAGAGGAAGAGGCAGAGGCAAAAAACCUGCCAGCGAUGAUGACGAGGAAGAAGAUGAAGCUCCUAGAGGACGCAGAGGAGCCAACAACAGAAGGCCAGCUAAGAAACGAGGUGGUGGCAAGAAUGAUGAUGAUGAUGAGAGUGAGGAUGAGGGUCCCAAGAAGAAGAAAGGGGGUGCAGCCAAUAAGAAGAAAGGAGGCAAAGCCCAGGAUAGUGAUGAAGAAGACAGCGAUGCUGGGAAAGGAAAAAAAGGAAAGAAAGGAGGAGGAAAGAAAGGAGGGAAGGAGGAAGAGGACAGCAAGGGAAAGAAAGGUGAUGCCAAAGGAAAGGACAAGGGAAAAGACAAGGAUGAUGACAAGAAGAAAAAGAAGAAGAAAGAUGACAGUUCAUCUGAUUCCAACUCAAACUCCGACGAGGAAGAGGAUUCCAUGUCGGAGGGAGAGAUGGCCCGGCUGAUGGAGGAGGUAGAGGAGAAGAAGAAACUAAUCGCAAUUAUCAGGAACAAGCCUUGGAGGAUGAAGCGGAGGCUCGUACUUCUAAAGGAAGCUCAGCAGUUUGUGGAUAAAUUUGAGGGGGCUUUGGGAAAAGGAAAAGGCAGGAAGUGGUAUGCUUAUAAAGUGAUGAUGACUAAGAAAUGGAUCAAGUUUCAGAGGGAUUUUGAAAAUUUCAGAACCGCCUGUAUCCCCUGGGAGAGGAAAAUUAAAGAGGUGGAAAGUCAUUUUGGGUCAUCUGUGGCGUCUUACUUCAUCUUCCUGCGCUGGAUGUACGGCAUGAACCUCGUCCUUUUUGGUUUGACUUUUGGACUGGUGGUCAUCCCAGAGGUGCUAAUGGGUCUGCCCUAUGGGUCCAUCCCAAGAAAGACUGUACCCAGAGCAGAGCAGGACACUGCUCAAGACUAUUCUGUCCUCAUGGACUUCAAUGGUUACUGCAAGUACUCCGUACUCUUUUAUGGCUACUACAACGACCAAAGGACAGUCGGCUUGCUAAAGUUCAGGCUUCCUCUGUCCUACCUCUUGGUGGGAAUCGGCACCUUUGGCUACAGCCUGAUGCUCGUGAUCCGCACUAUGGCCAAGAACGCUGAUGUUGGUGGUGGAGAUGGAGAGGAAGGAGAGUUCACCUUUGCCUGGAAGAUGUUCACCAGCUGGGAUUACCUCAUUGGCAACGCAGAGACUGCAGACAACAAGUAUGCCUCCAUCACCACCAGCUUCAAGGAGUCUAUUGUAGAUGAGCAGGAGAACCAGAAGGAUGAGAACAUUCACCUGCGGAGGUUCCUCAGGGUUCUGGCUAACUUCCUUAUCACCUGUAGCCUUGGUGGGAGUGGGUACCUCAUCUACUUUGUAGUGAAGAGGUCUCAGGAGUUUGCCAACAGGGAUGAUCUCAGCUGGUACGAGAAGAAUGAGCUGGAGAUCAUCAUGUCUCUCCUGGGCCUGGUCUGUCCUCCAUUGUUUGAGACUAUUGCUGAGCUGGAGGACUACCAUCCUCGAAUCGCCCUCAAGUGGCAGCUGGGACGCAUCUUUGCCCUCUUUCUGGGAAACCUCUACACCUUCCUGUUUGCCUUGUUCGAUGAGGUCAACUCCAAGCUGGACGAAGAGGAGGUCAUUAAGAACCAAACCAUCUGGGCUAUGAAGGAGUACUACGCUAACUUCUCCCGUCUGAACAACGACACUGAGGCAACCCCGCCCCCCAUGAACCCUGCUGAUGUCAUCAGGGGACCCUGCUGGGAGACGGCCGUUGGCAUAGAGUUUGUAAAGCUGACGGUGUCGGACAUCCAGGUGACCUACCUGACCAUCUUGAUUGGCGACUUUGCCAGAGCUGUCAUCGUUCGUUUCCUCAACUACUGCUGGUGCUGGGACCUGGAAGCUGGAUUUCCGUCAUAUGGUGAGUUUGACAUCAGUGGAAAUGUUCUUGGACUGGUCUUCAAUCAAGGGAUGAUCUGGAUGGGUGCCUUUUACGCUCCCGGGCUGGUUGGCAUCAAUGUGCUCCGUCUCCUCAGCUCCAUGUACUAUCAGUGUUGGGCUGUAAUGGCCACAAAUGUCCCUCAUGAAAGAGUGUUCAAGGCAUCCAAGUCUAACAAUUUCUACAUGGGCCUUCUGCUCCUCAUCCUCUUCCUGAGUCUAUUACCUGUCGUCUACACCAUCAUGACCCUGCCACCUUCGUUUGACUGCGGACCUUUCAGUGGAAGGGCGAAGAUGUUUGACGUGAUCAUGGAGACGAUAGAACUGGACCUGCCAGCGUUCAUUGGGACAGUUUUCAGCUACGCAGCCAACCCGGGACUCAUCAUACCCGCUGUGCUGCUCAUGGUACUGGCCAUAUAUUAUCUCAACUCUGUGUCUAAGGCUUACCAAAACUCCAAUAUGGAGCUGAAGAAGAAGAUGCAGAUGGCUCGGGAUGAGGAGAAGAACCGCAGAAACAACAAAGACAGCACCAACCAGGUCAUGCAGGAUCUGGAAGACCUGCUGCCAAACCGGUCCCUCGCCCCCCCUGCUCCACCAGAGCCUGAGAAAAAACCAGAGCCAGAAGCAAAACCUACAAAGACAAAGUCUGGGUCUGCUGGGAAAGGUGUUAAUCUGCAGAAAGACGUGGCUCUAGCUUCACCCAAUCCCAACGCUCAAGGUCCGGUAAGCCGACCACCUGGGCCAAGAGGACCUGGACAAAUGCCAGGUCCGGGACCUGGAGGGGGUCGAGGUCGUGGGAGAGGACCUCCUCCGAGAUAACGGUGUGAGACAACAGCGGUCCUCUAAGCUGUGCUCAACCUUCAGACAAUCAUUGCUCAUUUCACAGUAAUAAACACAAGAAACGGGUGAGAACAUUCAGCUGGGAUGAGUAGCAGCAGGAACUGGAGAUAGUGGUGCUUUAAAAGGACCUUAAUGAGAUCUCCGUCAUGGUUUCUACAACAGUUUAAAGUUCAUGAAAGAUCAGUUUCUGAACAUUAUAACUGUUUAAACUUCCUUUUCGUCUUGUACAACUUAGGAUUAAUUAAAAAAAAGACUGUGUUUCUGCUCAAAAUGUCAUAAGGUCAUAAGUAUUUCAGAGACCUUAUUAGAUGGUCUGUUAAAAUCAGUUUUCACAUUACACAAGAGUUUACUUUUCCACGUGAAAAAGAAAGUAAAGUUCACAAAGAUCCAGACCUCCACCAUGUUGACUGAUUGAUGUUUUAAGUUUGACAGGUUGAUGUCUGUCAAGAAACCCAACAAGAUGAAGUUUUUUUGUGUUAGUCAACCUGCUGUUUUACGCUCAUGUCAACUUUUCUGUUUAGUUUCCAAGUUAUUUAUUUAUUUUAAAAGGGACAAAACAGCACAUAA